AAGGUUGUGCACAAUCAGCACAACAAAAUAAAACAUUUAUUUAUACGUAUUUUUGAAAAAAAAAAAUGAAUAUAUUUAUUGCGUUGAUCUUUUUGCUGGGUGCUGCGCGAACUGGCUGCGGAGCGAGCUUAAACUUGAAUCAAUCGCUGCCCGAGGUGCAUAAUAGUAGAUUCUAUUACUUUGCCUUUGGAAGCAAUAUGUUGGCGCAACGCAUUCACAUUCAAAACCCCACUGCUGAAAUCGUGGGUCCCGUUACGCUUGAAAAUUACCGCUUGGAUUUUGCAACGCUGCCCUUUGACAGGUGGGACGGGGCUGUGGCUACCAUUGUGCCGACGGAGGGUUCUAUUCUCUGGGGCACGCUUUGGGAAAUAGAUGUGAUUAACUUGGCGGACAUAGACAACCAGGAAGGUGUUCACCUGCAACUUUACAGACCCAUCACCGUGCAUGUUAAGCUGCACGGCAAUGACACGGACACUGAGAUUCCCGCGAGGGCUUAUGUACUAGUGCAUCAGCCUGAGAACAAUGUGCAUGCCUUUGCGCCAAAUAUGGUGCCCGAGGAUCGACAGCCCUCUAAAACGUAUCUACAGGUACUUGUCAAAGGUGCCAUUGAAAGCGGUAUUCCGGAGAGUUAUAUCAAAUUUUUGAGAAGCAUUAAACACAAUAGAAAAACGGUUAAAAAGCUGGAGCAGGCUCUUCAGGUACAAUCCGUGGACUUGUAAAUAAAAAAUGCCAACUCAACGUAAAGAUCUAAAACGAAUGGCAAAGGGUGUUAAGUAUUUUAUAAUGGGUUGUCGUCUGUUCUACUUUUUACUUUAACUGUUCUUUAAAAUUAGCCGAGUUUCAAGCCAACGAUUGAAAAUUACUUAUUGUGUUGUGGACAAUGAAGAAUGGCAACGCAACUUUUCGAAAGCAACUGUUCCCAAUUCGUAGUCGAUUUUCAAACCCCCAAUAGCUAAAGCUUAGUUUUCACGUAGCAGAUUUUCAAACCUACAAAAUCUAAAGCUUAGGCUUCUACGUAAAUGAACAGCUGUUAAUUUUAUAUAAUAAGAUUAAGUAACAUAGACAGAAUAUAAUUCAUCGAAAUUUAGUUUGCCAUCUAAGAUUUUUCUUAACGGUCUUUAUUUAUAUAAAUUAGUUGUAUUUUGUCUGAGUUAAUUAUUGAAAAAACAACUUGAAAAAUAUAUAUAUAUUACAUUUUG